AUGUCUUGGGUUUUCCACGUGAAGAAUGAGACGAGUCUGAACUUGAAAUACAUAGAUAAUUGUGGCAGUAGUUUUCUUUGCUCUGGAAUGAACAAACCAAAUGCCUCCACUCAUGAAAGUAGUUCUAGAGAUUCAAUGAAUUGUCCUGUGUGUCUAUGUACCCACGACUGUGAAGUGAAGGGUCGAUGUUGCCCAGAUAUAUCUCUAAGUACUUGCAUUAAACCAAUGUAUUUUGUGAAUGAAUACAGUUAUAUGGAAUCAAACAAAUUCAUGAUGGUUUCUGCGUGCCCUCAACAAAACGGUAAUCUGGAAGAUGACUGCCUCAUGGUCUUGGAUCGGAGCAAUUUUCAUCAUCUAGCACCUGUUGUCUCACGGAAAACCAACAUCACUUAUGUGAAUGCUAAAUGCUCCAAGUGUCAUGGAGAGAGAGAUGUUAUUGCAUGGUCGUCCUCUGUAACCUGUUUUGACAAAGAUUUUGAUAUAAACAUUUAUUCUGAUGUCGAUGGAUUAUGGGCAGGUAUGAAAAAAUAUGACUGUUUCUUAGAAUAUUUUCCUCAACAAGGAAGUUACCCAACUCCGUGUGAAAAACAGUUUCUCAUUGCGGACUGUAAUGUCACCGGUGAAUGGGAUGUCUAUGACGAGGACGUGGAAUCUGCAUGUAAAAAUUAUUGGAACCAGUAUGGUGUGUUUCAAAAUGUUUUCUGCUUCUUUUGUAAUACAGGCAUCGACCAGAGACAAUUCUUAAGAACGCAAUACACCAUUUUAAUUGGAAACAUAACCAAACAAGGACUUUUCGAUAAAGAUAUAACGAUUUUAGAAGAAUGGAAUAAAUAUGAUGAACAUUAUAAGGCAAAAUUAACACUGCUGUCCUUGGAUGUUUCGGAAAAUGUAAAACAAAUUCUAAAGGACAAAAACUAUACAAGUAAUUCUGAAAUAUUAUCGGAGAAUCUUGUGAAUUUGACUUCUGUGUAUACGGAAUAUGUCAGGUCUGGUGGGUAUCAAGAUUGGUGCCAGGAAGAACAUCAAGUCCAAAAUAUAUAUCCUGGUUUCAGAAGCAGAAGAAACUGUUCCUGUGACCAGGAUUGUUAUAAGUCUGCCUCCUGUUGUCCUGACGCGGCGUAUUAUCAUAAAAUGGCAUGUUUUCUACCAUUUGUGGGCAAAAAUGAUGACCCAGAACCCAAACAUGCAUACUUUGUCAUAAGCAAAUGCCCUAAGCAAUACACUGACAUUUUUGUGAAACAUAAUUGCGAAAAAUCGUCAGAUUAUGAGUUAUUGAAUGUUCCUGUUAUCAAUGUGAAGACAAAGGAAGCAUAUAGGAAUCAUUACUGUUACCUUUGUAACAAUCAGGACGAUAUUUUUAAGAAUACCUCAACAGAGAUAAAAACCUGGAACAUCACUAUUGUUUGUCCGCGUACGCUAUACCCUAUGUUUAUACCAUCCAUUGACAUUUUAAUGAAAUCUGCUGAAGAAAACAAAUGUUUUAUUCAUUUCACCACAACAUUUCAAUUAGAAACUUGCGAUUUAAAUAACUUUUCAAUAAUACAGAAGUGUAACAUCACCGGAAUGGUGAAAUCAGUCAGUCAAGAUGUUUUAACAAUGUGUGAAGAUCCAUUAAUGAGUAUUAUGGCAAAAUCCCGUAACUACAUUUACAAGAACCAAAUAUGUGACAUAUGCAACACUGAGGUCUUUGAAGAACCAUUAGGAGUAUGUACUAACCCUGAGUUCGAUUAUUUACGGAUACCUUGCGAAUAUGGAGAAUUGAAUAUAGAUUAUUAUCCGCACAAGAAUAUUUUCUGUAAGAGUUGUAAUCCAAUUGACGGAGGUGGCAAUGGGCUUUAUCCUACAUAUGACUUACCGUCCUAUCGGAAUUUAUUUUCUAUCAUAGACACAGAAGAGAGGAUUGAACAGACAUCUACCAAAUGCAAAGAAUCAGAAUUUUUGGACGUUUUUACGAUGCGCAUCACUUCGUCGUUUUCAGAUUCAUUAAAUCGAACAGCUUUAGAAGAACAUGUUAUGAAUUUUCCACAACUUACAAUUAAUUUUGAAGAGGUCUUCCUGACGUUUCAAGAGAGUGUUCAAGCGUGGUAUAUCCCUAUUUUGUACAAGAGAAAAACAUCCAGAAACUGUCUUAAAAAAUCUUCAACACCAACCUACGAAAACAAAUAUGCAUUUGAUGUCAACGAUUUAUUGACAUGUACACAAAUACAAAUAGAAAGAGAUGAGUUUUAUUUUUCGAGAAAUGAAAUCCAUAUUUUUAUACCAGCAAUUAAGAAACAAUUUGAGAUUAACGAAUACAUAAAAAGUAACAAUGGAAGCAUUCGAAUUUGCUCAGAUUCUUACAAACUUGAUCGACAGACCUCUGAAUCAGUCAUGCAAAGCAUUUUGAAUGUUUUGACAUACAUAUGUACAGUUGUCUCACUGACAUCUUUGAUUCUAACGAUCUUUACAUACUGCUCUUUGCCGAUUUUAAGGACUCUACCAGGUAAAAUCAUCAUGUGCUUUAUUUUCUCUCUUUUCUUUGCUCAACUGUUAUUCCUGGUACAAUCUCAUGUUAAAGACAAUUUUUGGUGUAGUUGGGUAGGUGGGCUAACACAUUAUUUCUGGGUUUCAGUUUUCACGUGUACCAAUAUUUCUAGUUUUCAUAUGUUUAAAUUAUUUGUCACUAAUUCUUUGCUACACGGCAAUGAAUCAGCUGAAAGAAAAUUAUUCUGUAAAUAUUGUUGUGUUGCCUUUUUUUCACCUAUCCUUCUCGUUGCCAUCAACCUUAUCUUUGGUUUCUCAGCAGUGCAAUCUUUUAGGUUCGGGUAUGGAGGAAGCAAAUGUUUUCUAGCCAGUCCUCUAGCCUUACUUGUGUUGUUUAUUCUCCCAGUGAUUCUCCAAAUUAUCUUUAACGUCAUCAUGUUCUCGAUCACCUUUCACUGCAUUCGCAAAACACCAAAAUUAAAGAGUUCAAAAGACAGACAUGAAUUUUCCAUCUUCUUUAAAUUGUUCUUGUUGACUGGAAUAACCUGGCUUUUGGUAAUUCUUGAUGGCUUUUUCGAAAUUUCACUAUUUUCAUUUUUGGCAACAAUUGUAAAUGGUUCCCAGGGAGUAUUCUUAUUCAUUUCAUAUGUAUGUAAUUGGAAAGUUCUGGGCAUGUUAAAAAAUAAAUUUUUAGACAAAGCAUCAGAUAUUGCAGGGACGAGCACUAAUAAAUCUUUUCUGAGUAAUACUGGAGGUAGUUCCUCUCGGUUUGCUGGCAAGAAGGAAAAAUUUGAAAGAGAAAAUACAAUAAUUACUAAAAUUUAG